UUCUCCAGGCGGUGUGAUGGUUGGAAGUGCAAGCAGGUGGUAUGAUCUUAGUAUGCCCAAAUAAUGGCUUAUCAGGAAUUUAUUGUUUUAUACACACAUCAGAAGACUAAAAAAUCAAAAGUGUGGCAAGAUGGAAUUUUGAAGGCCACAUUUGGAGGAAAUAAGGCAACCUUAUUUGAUGACAAAGGACAGCUCUUGGAUAGUAUUUUCAUAAAGUUUCAGAUAAAACCUGGUGAUGACUUCGAAUCUGAGCAAUAUUUAAUCACUGUAGAAAGUGAAAAUAUUUCCAAAACUGGUUAUAAGAACACAGAACAACAAAAAUUAACAAGUAAUCCCUUGAAAUCCCUUGCUGCUUCAUCUCUAUGCCAUCGAAAGCGAAAAUAUUCUGUAUGUUGUCUUUUCCCUUUCUUUUUUCAUAUGUAACAACUGUGCAAUGAUCUGGGUUUAAGGGAGAAAAGGUGAUUUGUAGCAUAUAGAGGUGCUCAAGUAGUACCUAUCAGCAGAUCUUUAAAGAAUCAUUAUCUUUUCCUCUGUUUGUGCAUUGCCCCCCAAAAGACAUGUUUGCUAAAAGCAGGUGCCAACAGAUGCUAUGUAAGUACCCAUGCUCACUUUGAAUCACCUUUUUCCCCUCUGGUCCCAGCGGGGGUGCUAGGACUCCCAGAACUCUGAGGACUGGUUGUAACCACCAUUCGUACAGUGCCAUCGUAACUUUGAACAGUCACUGAACAAAUAGUCAUAAGUUGAGGACUCUCUGUGAUCAGCCAUGUGCAUGCACACACGACUUUUGGUGAUUUUUCUCCCUUGCCAUCUGCCGUAUCACGUAUAUUACAAUGUGAAGUGGUUCAGAUCAGCCACUAUGUCUCAUACUAGUUACUAAUGCCCUGGUUAUUAUGAGUGCUAACAGCA